CAGAACUUCACAUACUGGUGUAAAUACAACCAGAAUGUGGCUUCACUUACUAAAUUUAUCUGUAAGGGAGAGGACCCAGCUGUAUGUCAGCCUCUCAUAAACACCACAGGGCCCGAUAUGAACAACAGGUUUUUCAUGAAUGACGACAAAACAGCGAGAAAUAUCAGCAUCACGGUGAGAGCGGUGAGAGCGAAUGACAGCGGGACGUACUGGUGUGGAGCAGGACGCACCGACCACCAACCAAACAACACCAUCCUCAACAGACUGCUCCUCACUGUCCGAAACCCCGUUUCUCCAAGCCCAGCAGCUCCUGAGAGUUUUGUCUCCUCACAGGUCGUGCUUGUUGUGAUCGUCUGUGUCGCUUUGCUGCUGCUGAUGUUGCUGAUGUUUGUUAUAGUUUUGAUCCUUAUUUACAAACGUUUUUCCAGAUUAAAAAGUGCAGGAAAUGGAGCCUCAGCACAGCAUAUCAAAGAGGAUAACAUCUAUGAAGAGGUACAGGAGCACCGCCAGUAUCCAAACACAGUUUAUGUCACCCUGAGUCCUCCAAACCAGCCCGCCGCACUGCAUUACUCUACCAUCAGCUUUCAAAGCAGGCCCGACACAGCUGGUGGUGAGACACUGACUGUCAAACCCAGCUCCUCUGCCUGCAGAUACUCUGCUGUGAAGUUCAGCAAGUGUCCAACCAACUCAUCUGUCAGUCACCUCCACAGAGGAGCCGUUCUGCUCAACAGGCCUCAGGAAAAACUGGAAUAAGAUCAGCUUUCUCAGAAAAGUACAAAUGACACAGCCUGCAGGGCCAAGAAUUCAGCUCAUGAUGUUUGUGUAUGUUUUUUUGUUGUGUUAUAUUUGAGCUUUCUUUCUUGUAAUAUGUGUUGUGUAUUAUUGUGUAUAAAUGCUUAUUUGGACAUUUGAAGGAGUUUAUCCUGAUGCAAUAAAUUUGAAGAAAAGAGCUUACAAAUUCAUUUCCAGCAGCUUCAAAAAGUUUCUGUUGAACAGAAAUCCUGCUGUGAUGA